UACAUCAAAAACAGUUUUUCAUGUGAUCAAUGAAGUUUGAUAAACAACAUGUCACUACAUAUUGCUAACAGUUUGCAGCUCAGCAAUUACGCAGUUUUCGCUGCUCUACUAAAAAAUCACACAUUCUUCAAUGAUUAUCUGAACUUUGACGAUUUCAAUGGAACUGAUUCCAACGAUUAUUUGGAUACAACCGAUUACGUUACCAGUCUUCCCGCUUUCAGAGCUUUCUUUUGCUGUCUCUAUGUUAUAAUAUUCUUGUUGGGAAUAUGUGGAAAUGUGUUGGUGUGUUACGUUGUCUUUCGCAAUAAAUCCAUGCAGACUGUCACUAACUUCUUCAUAACUAAUCUCGGUCUAUCUGAUAUCCUUCUGUGCACCUUCGCUGUACCUUUCACACCACUUUACAUAUUCAUGCAGGAAUGGGUGUUCGGUACUGUAUUAUGUCGUUUGGUACCGUACGCUCAAGGUGUGAGUGUAUAUAUUUCCGCUUUUACUUUAAUGUCUAUUGCUAUUGAUAGAUUUUUUGUAAUUAUUUAUCCAUUUAAACCCCGACUCAAACUCAACAUCUGCUACAUGAUCAUCGUCUCUAUUUGGAUUACCGGUGCCUUACUUACUCUUCCAUAUGGUAUCUUCAUGAACAUGAUAUUAGCAGAUAAUGGCAAAUGGUACUGUGACGAAGCAUGGCCUUACGAAUCUAAUCGUAGAGCGUUCGGUUUUUCCACCAGCAUUCUUCAGUUUGUAGUACCGUUCAUCAUCAUCACCUUCUGCUACAUGCGUGUUUGUGGAAAGCUCAGAAGAAGAGCCAAGGCCAAACCGGGUGCUAAGUCUCAAAAGAAGGAAGAAAUGGAGAGAGAGAGAACCAGAAGAACUAAUCGGAUGCUGAUAGCCAUGGUUGUCAUCUUCGGAGCCUCGUGGCUACCCAUCAACAUGUAUAACCUUAUAGUUGACUUUUACAUCCCCGCUUCGAAUUGGAAAUAUCUGAGCGCUUUCUUUUUUCUUUCUCACGCAGUAGCCAUGAGUUCUACUUGUUAUAACCCCUUUCUGUACGCUUGGUUGAACGAAAAUUUUCGCAAGGAAUUUAAAACUGUUCUUCCUUGUUUCACUACUCCCGUUGCCUCUGGAAGAAUUCAUACUAUAAAACAAGAUAGAACCUGUAACGGACAUGAAACUGCAUUAGAAACACUUUUACCAAAGAAUUCGAUGAAAGAUAUCAAAUUACAUGAGGAUAAAAUGAUUUCAGUUAAGUACAUAACCGAAGCAGAAGCGGUACGAUUUCCUCUUAAACAGGAUUCGCUAAACAAUUAAUUUUAAGUACUAGAAUAUUAUUUUCACUUUCUACAAAACUUAUUAAAAUUGCUCAGAAUACUCCCUCCUCCUUCUAUUGAAUACAGUUAAGAAGCACAAUCUAAAACAGUAUAAAAUAUAUAUAUAUAAUAUAUUUGUCUAGGAAAUUUCUGCUUAUUUUAAUGCAAAGAAAUUUUUAGUUUCCAUAUUUUAUUUUCUUAAAUUGCAUAUAAAAUAUAUAUUAAUAUAAAGAUUUUCAUAAAAAUUAUUUUUGAAAAAUUCACUAACCCUAUUUUACGUAACGUUCGUAAAUAUAAAACGUUGUCCUCCCCACGUUAUAAAUGCACAAAAUAUUAACAUAUUUAUGAAAGACAAGUUUAAAAGUACAUAAAAUCUAUAGAAAAUUAACAUAUAUUACCUGGAAAAUAGGUAAUUUUGCUCAUUUUUUAUAUACAAAUACGUAGAUUUGAGUAUUAUUCUUAAUAUAAAAGAUGAAAAAUAGUUAUGUGAUGAAUAUUGACAUGUAAAAAUGAAACAUUUUUCUUGAUUAUAUAGAAUUAAAUAUAAUAUAAUUUUGACAUUAAUAAAGUAUAUUCUCUUAUGAAAUUCAAUCAAUGGUGCGUAUAUGUAUGUUGUAUAUAUUGUAAUAUAUUUAAAUGAAAUUAUGUAUGUGAAAUUUAAACCAGAGAUGAAAUAUUUGCAUUAAUCAAAUGAAAUAUGUGCCUGAUAAAUAUAAUUUCGCUUGUGAAUUUCUUUAGCAAUGUAACUUGUAAUGAAAUUUGUAACAAUUUAACAAUGUGCUCGAUUGAAUUAUUGGAUUUUAAUUUUUCCCUCCCCGUUCUACUUCGUGUAGUUUACGAAAAUUUCCCAUAGUAAAUCUAUGGGAAAGGUGGGGCUCCGUAGUCUUCACGAAUAGAGCGAUUCAUUUAUAUUUUAUCAU